CGCGCGCUCCUCUUGGCUGCGCGCCGGCGCCGCCUAGCGAGCGGGAGGGGAGGUGGCAGGCGCGUUUGCACGAGGGGCGCACCUCUUUGCUCGCGCACCCCCCCCCCCGGAAGGUAGAAGGAGAAGGGGAGGUGGGCAGGCUGAGAGAAGAGAGCCGUGCGCGAUCCAGCGUGGGUGGGGGCAGCUAUGUGGGUGGAGGUGCACUCAGCAGUCUAGACAUUCCGAUCCGGGCAGGGGGCGUGUGCGCUGGGCGCACCUGCGAGACUACAGAGCCCCGGGCCGGCACGUGUGGAGAGUGUGGACACGUCCGCUGCGCCCCGCUUCUCGCUGCCUAGGGGAAGGGAGGGAGCGGGCGGGCGCCGCGGCCCGGCCAGUGGGGAGGGGGCGGCGGCCAUGGAGCGGGUAAACGACGCUUCCUGCGGCCCGUCGGGCUGCUACACCUACCAGGUGAGCAGACACAGUACGGAGAUGCUGCACAAUCUGAACCAGCAGCGCAAAAACGGCGGGCGCUUCUGUGACGUGCUCCUGCGGGUGGGCGAUGAGAGCUUCCCAGCUCACCGCGCAGUGCUGGCCGCCUGCAGCGAGUACUUUGAGUCUGUGUUCAGCGCCCAGUUGGGCGAUGGCGGAGCUGCCGACGGGGGUCCCUCUGAUGUGGGGGGCGCGUCAGCAGCCCCGGGCGGCGGGGCCGGGGGCAGCCGAGAGCUUGAGAUGCACACCAUCAGCUCCAAGGUGUUUGGAGACAUUCUGGACUUCGCCUACACUUCCCGCAUCGUGGUCCGCCUGGAGAGCUUCCCUGAGCUCAUGACUGCCGCCAAGUUCCUGCUAAUGAGAUCGGUCAUCGAGAUCUGCCAGGAAGUCAUCAAGCAGUCUAACGUGCAGAUCUUGGUGCCGCCUGCCCGGGCAGACAUCAUGCUCUUUCGGCCCCCUGGGACUUCUGACUUGGGUUUCCCUUUGGACAUGACCAACGGGGCAGCCUUGGCUGCCAACAGCAAUGGCAUCGCAGGCAGCAUGCAGCCUGAAGAGGAAGCUGCCCGAGCGGCUGGUGCAGCCAUUUCGAGCCAAGCCUCCUUGCCUGUGUUACCCGGGGUGGACCGUUUGCCCAUGGUGGCUGGACCCUUGUCCCCUCAACUGCUGACUUCCCCAUUCCCUAAUGUGGCAUCCAGCACUCCUCCACUAACUGGCAAACGAGGCCGGGGUCGCCCAAGAAAGGCCAACCUGCUGGACUCAAUGUUAGGGUCCCCUGGGGGCCUGAGGGAAGCGGGCAUCCUUCCCUGUGGCCUGUGUGGGAAGGUGUUUACUGAUGCCAACCGGCUCCGGCAGCAUGAGGCCCAGCAUGGUGUCACCAGCCUCCAGCUGGGCUACAUCGAUCUUCCUCCUCCAAGGCUGGGUGAGAAUGGGCUACCCAUCUCUGAGGACCCCGAUGGCCCCCGAAAGAGGAGCCGGACCAGGAAGCAGGUGGCUUGUGAGAUCUGCGGCAAGAUCUUCCGAGACGUGUACCAUCUCAACCGGCACAAGCUGUCCCACUCUGGGGAGAAGCCCUAUUCCUGCCCCGUGUGUGGACUGCGGUUCAAGAGAAAAGACCGAAUGUCCUACCAUGUGCGGUCCCAUGAUGGGUCUGUGGGCAAGCCCUACAUCUGCCAGAGCUGUGGGAAAGGCUUCUCCAGGCCUGAUCACUUGAAUGGACAUAUCAAGCAGGUGCACACUUCUGAGCGGCCUCACAAGUGUCAGACCUGCAAUGCUUCUUUUGCUACACGAGACCGUCUGCGAUCCCAUCUAGCCUGUCAUGAAGACAAGGUGCCCUGCCAGGUGUGUGGGAAGUAUUUGCGGGCAGCAUACAUGGCAGACCACCUGAAGAAGCACAGCGAGGGGCCCAGCAACUUCUGCAGUAUUUGUAAUCGAGGUUUCUCCUCUGCCUCCUACUUAAAGGUCCAUGUUAAAACCCACCACGGUGUUCCCCUUCCCCAGGUCUCCAGGCACCAGGAGCCCAUUCCGAAUGGGGGAGCAGCGUUCCACUGCGCCAGGACCUAUGGCAACAAAGAAGGCCAGAAAUGCUCACAUCAGGAUCCGAUUGAGAGCUCCGACUCCUAUGGUGACCUCUCAGAUGCCAGUGACCUGAAGACACCAGAGAAGCAGAGCACCAAUGGCUCUUUCUCCUGUGACAUGGCAGUCCCUAAAAACAAAAUGGAGUCUGAUGGGGAGAAGAAGUACCCAUGCCCUGAAUGUGGAAGCUUUUUCCGCUCUAAGUCCUACUUGAACAAACACAUCCAGAAGGUGCAUGUCCGGUCCCUUGGAGGUUCCCUAGGAGACCUGGGCCCUGCUCUUGGCUCACCUUUCUCCCCUCAGCAGAACAUGUCACUCCUUGAGUCAUUUGGGUUUCAGAUUGUUCAGUCGGCGUUUGCAUCAUCUUUAGUAGAUCCUGAGGUGGACCAGCAGCCCAUGGGGCCUGAGGGGAAAUGAGGUAAAUGCUGCAUCCCCACAGAAACAGCCAUCUGGGGACUGCCAAGAAAUGCUGUGAAUGCGGAGAGAUGUGAUGUCUUUGGGUUCUGUAGCUGAGAGAUUUUUAUUCAUUUUAAACUCUCCCCAACCCGAACCCUACACCCUAUCCACUACCCAUUCCUCCAAUGGUUUUUAGAAAUAGAUCUCAUCUGAUACUCUGCAGAAAUACCUGCAAGAUCCAGUAUGGGACAAGGGCAGAAAACACUACAUACGCCUCGAAGGCAACACCAGUUCUGGUUUCUCUAAUGGAUAGGAGCCGGAAAUCCUGGUGCUCAAUUCUUAGUGACUUCUCUCCCAAACCCUGUGGUAUUCUUGGACCUCAUUGAUUUUGGUCCCCUCCCACUUCUCUAAUUCCUCAUUCCCCCAUCCUGUAUCCCUCAAAAGAAAUCAAGGUAGAGUCUCUACCCACUCACACAACCUCAAUGGCCAACAGUUUUUAAGGAAAUCGGAAGCCUACAGCAAUCCAUGGACCAUGGGGUGAGGUUCCUCAAGAGUCCCUCUGAGCUUAGCCCCCCGCCUGGCCUGGAAAGUCCCAGAACUUCCUGAGCCCUGGUGGAAGCUGACAUUUUGCUUCUAGGACCAGUUCAGCUAUUGAGGAUCCCUCCACCCCAAAUUCCAGUUUUUUCAUGAUUUUAACCAUUCAACUUGCUGUUGGGUUUUAAUUCUCUAAUUAUUAUUAUUAUUGUUAUUAUUUUUUAGGACCAGUUGUAGUGAAUUGCUACUGAAAGCUAUCCAGGUGAUACAGAGCUCUUUGUAAACCGCAGUCACACAUUAGGGUUAGUAUUAAACUUUGUUUAGGUGUACCAUAAUUAACUUGGCUAGUUGAUUGUUUGAAGUAUAUGGAAGAAAUAGUUUUAUGCAAAAUUUUAAAAAAUACCAGUCUGGUCAGGAAGGUAGGGAGUUUCAGUGCUCUUGGGAGCCAGAAAGUUGAGAGAACCAGCAGGUAGGGAAAUUGUGUAUCUUGGUUGUGGCCCAUGUGAGCAAACCCAGGUUGACCUUGUGAUGUGAACUGACUGAUCAGACUGUAUUAAAAAUGUUAGUACCUUA